UUGAGAACCUCAUUACACUUACCAAAUGAAUUUAGCCGACUCCAACCUGCCCGUUAGCACGGCGUACUUCGAACUGCCAAUGAAUGUAACGCGUAAGGGCUGACCAUCUACUAUGGCUAAAGACAAACCUCUCCUGGCUUCAGGUCCCAGGGCUCCAGGUGCCAUUUUCAGGGACACUACGAUUAUUGUACAUAAAAGCCAUGGCUUGAAUGCACUUUCAAUAACAUUCAACUUUGCGCUCCUCCCGAUUUGCCAUGGUACAAAUGCUUGACCUGCCCAUUUCUGAUAACGCGCAGCUCGUUCUCGGUGCCGCGGGUCUUCUACUAGUCGGAGCGAGUUGGAUUUACUUUCCUAAAUCAGAGCACGGCCUUCCUCUCCCACCUUCCCCUCCCACUUGGCGCCUUCUGGGGCACUUCCUACCUCUUCGCAACUCAUUUUUCACUAUAGCGGGGUGGAUUGACGAGUACGGUCCUCUCAUCACCAUUCGUUCAGGAACCGAGAAGAUCAUUAUCAUCGGCCGUCACAAAGCCGUAGUGGAUAUUAUGGAGAAGCAGGGCGGAUCGCUAGCGGAUCGUCCUCGAAUGAUUGCUGCUGGAGAAAUUCUUAGCGGCGGACAGGCUAUCGGUUUUAUGCACGCUGGGGACAGGUUUCGUCGGAUGCGUAGAGCACUUCAUUCGCACCUCCAGCCUAAAGUGGCUGAGGCUUAUCAGCCUCUGCAGAUGUCACACGCGAGAAACACAGUGCUAGACAUUCUUGAUGAUCCAUACAACUUCCAGAACCACGCGACAACUUAUGCUGCGGCGAGUAUUAUGAAAAUAACAUACGGGAAAACUACGCCCACGUCUGCAAGUGACCCCGAAGUCAGAGAGGUUCACCGCCUCUUCGAAAGCUUUCGCACAGCUCUGCGCCCUGGUGCUUACCUCGUGGACUCGAUUCCAUGGCUCAAAUACCUUCCUUGGUAUGGUCUAGACUUGAAACGACAGUUUGAGAGCACCAGGAAACUCUACACAAAUCAACUCAACCGCGUAAAACAGCAGCUACAGAGCAAUGUGGACGUUGGUCCUUCGUUUGCGAAAUAUAUGCUAGAAAACGAGCGCCUCCAUCAUUUGACAGAGACUGAGAUGGCGUUUCUUGGUGGUGCCUUGUUUGGAGCCGGAUCUGAUACAACUGCUGUGGCAAUAUGCACGGUACUAAUGGCAGCCGCAUGUUUUCCCGAGGAACAAGCUAAAGUCCAGGCCGAGCUUGAUAUGGUCAUCGGGAGGCACCGAGCACCGACCUUUACCGACCAAGAGUCCCUUCCUCGUCUUCAAGCCUUCAUUUCCGAGGCCUUGAGAUGGAGACCGUUGGCUGCUAAUGGAUUUCCUCACCGAACGACUGAAGACGUGAUUUGGGAAAACUAUUGCAUUCCUGCCGGUACUACGGUAUUUGGCAACCAUUGGGCCAUCUCUCGAGAUCCAGAAGUCUACCCCGACCCUGACAUGUUCAAGCCUCAGCGCUGGAUUAACGACCAAGGCCGCAUGAGAGAAGAUCUCAAGUUCUUCGUCUAUGGGUUUGGUCGACGCAUAUGCCCUGCUCAACACGUUGCGAACAGAUCGGUGUUCAUAAACUCGCUCCUUAUUCUUUGGGCUUUCCAGCUCACUCUGGAUCCUACAAAGCCGCUUGAUGACUUGGGUUUCAUGACGGGGGCGAUGCCGAAUGACAGGCCUUGUGCUAUUGACUUUAAGACGAGGUUUCCGGAAGUAAAUCUGAGGCGCAUGAUGCAAAAUUAUCCUGUCGUCGCAUGAGAAGCCUUGACAUCGCAACUACGCUCGGAGGAACCAGUCGGGAAUGAAUCACCGAUUCGUUCAUGCCUUUAGGUCUCGCUGUAUCAUGGUUCUAUAAUAUCAUAAU